UUCUGAAAUUCUUGUUGAAAUCUACAGCACAACACCACGAGAUUUUUUCCCCCAAUGUAUUGGCUCUUUGAAAUAUAUUGGAAGUUAAUCAAAAACAUUUGUUGCUUAUCAUUUUCAAUGCUUUUGUCCCUUGGCCUGUUCAGUCAUUUCUAUAUUGGGUUAAAAUAAAAAAACACAGAAUUUCCAAUUGUACGUGACGAGAAAGGCAUUUCUUUGAAAUGUGGGAGAAAACAUGGAAGCUUUGUAGAGUAUAGGUUAUCAAGUAACUUCCGCGCUAAUCUGGCGGUUCUGCCAUUUGAUUUUUAAUUAAAUGUCACAAAUGACUUUUAAAUCCCCUCUUUGCUAUAUCCAUAUAUUUUUGGACUAUCAGUGAUUCAUUUAUAAAAGCUCCUCAAUCACUGUCUGCCUCAAUUCGAUUUUCAGAGCUCAAAUGGCUGAUGAAAAAUACCAAUAACAUGUAGCCCAAAUGUCGCCUACGCCCAAAGAAGAGAGAAGUGCUGGAAAAGCAACCGGCGGAGUAGAAGAGAUCAAAUGCGGCCCAUUAAACAGAUUCGGAAGCAAUAAAGAGUCAGACCCUAUGGGAACUUCAAGCGUAGACGACCAAAUGGCCAGCUGUAGCCUAGCCCAGCCGAAUAUUAAUGACAAGUUUCUAUCGCCAACCAAGAGAACCCACGAUUACAAUGCCAAACUAACCGAUCUGGCAGCCCACUUAUCCAACCGGAGAUCAUCCUGCUCCUCCCUGCCCGGAAUCAGAGAAUCCAGAGUGGAAGAGACGGAGCAGGAAGCAUCCGCAUAUGCCUCCCCCUCAUUCGCCCUUCUAGGGGUGAGGACUAGAAGUCAAGAGAGGUCAAAUUCGUUCUGUAUGCCCCUACCGAAAAGACACUUGCUAUUGGGGAGGGGCACUCUAUUCCACGAAAAUGAAAAUUACAGCGACGGAGAUGAAGACGCAAGCAAGCCGUUCGGACUAAGCCCUCUCAUUCAGAGCUCAAACCCAUCGUCAGGUUCACCCAGUGUUGAUCUUCUGGAGGUGAAAGACUCGGACGGAGGACCAGAGGGGUCCAGCAGAGUGCAGUCCAGUCGCACUUGGCCUCAGAGUGCCAUCCGGAGUGCAUGUGCGAUCCACGAAUCGGUACUCGCAGCAGGAGACGACUCCCCUAGCUCCAAGACCUCAACCUACUGUGGAUCACUCACUCAGAUACCCAAAAUAAGCGUCAGUCAGGAGGACGUGGGGGAGGCCAUACAAUGAUUCCCUGGUAUCAUAUAUCCAACAAGACCAUACCAACAAAUCUGAUGCUCUAAAUAAACGCCAUGCAAACAUGGAAGCUGAACUCAUAUAUAUUUAGGAAAGCAGAUUACAAAAGGUAUGGAUCUUUUGUGAUGGUUUUUGUAUGAAAGCCAAUCGAAGCGACCCCAAAGUUGUUUGUUAUAAAAUUAACAUACGAUUUUAAUUAAUAGAAACGAAAUUUCAUAUGAAUGUUUAAAAGUCUGUAGUCUGUGUGUCUUUGGUCCAUGAUUAAAUUUACUCAAAGAACUGUGCUUACUAAUAAUCAGCACUAAUUAUCUUUCAUAACCAGUGAAGUACGUUUGUUAAUCGGAUUAUAAUCUAAACUUAAAAUUUAAUUUAUGUAGAUCUUAAAUCUUGAAAACGUAAGGUUACCGUUGUUUUCUUAUGUU